ACCUCAUCAAUUUCAUGGACAUUGUUACAUGGAAAUCUUCCUAGAAAAAAUUUAGAGUUUCAGUAUUGCAGUACAUGCUUCUACUCAGAUAUUUGCUCCAGAGUGCAUGGUAUGCGCAAGACUCAAGUGCUCUUGUUCUGGCCAUCAUAACCUUCGGUGAUUCUUCAGUAGAUGUUGGUAACAACGACUAUCUCCCCACCCUUUCCAAGGCUAAUUACCCUCCUUAUGGAAAGAAGUUCAUCAACCACAAACCUACUGGGAGGUUUUGCAAUGGGAAGUUAACCACUGAUAUUAGUGCUGAAACUCUGCGAUUCAAGAAUUAUGCCCUUGCAUAUCUAAGCCCGGGAGCAUCAGGAAGAAUCUUCUAAUUGGGGCCAAUUCUGCUUCAGCUACAUCAGGUUAUGACAACAAAGCUGCCAUCAUAAAUGUGAGAAAUAGAAUUCUAUCUUAUGC